AUGAUAGGGAAGCAUACUCGGAUAACUCAUCACACGGAUAUCGACCUAUUGAUUAUUAAACUAAUGCCCUCGGCGGAACACGAAAUUGCGCACCUCUCACUAGCCGAGGACCUUAUAUUGGAGCUGAAUAGAAUGGGCCUACGGAAAAGAACCUUUAUUCCUAUUGGCGGAACCAAAUUCAAUCGUCCUAACUCCUCGAAGGAGGGCGAUUCAGCAUAUAAACCAGCCUCCCGAGACUGGAAAGAUGAUUGGCCAACUAUUGUUAUCGAGUCUGGACUUUCUGAAGGGCUUGAUCGUCUGAGAAUUGACGCACAAUGGUGGCUAAGCAACUCUAGAGGCGAUGUGAGGAUUGUUAUCAUCAUCUCAAUAAUGCCACCGCAGAAGAGGCUAUAUAUUGAAAAGUGGUGCCUUUCUCCGGCUCCUGCACAUCCGGUUACCAGAGCACACCCAAAUCCCAACCCCCCAGUUCCGACAAAUAUGCAAACGAUUACGAUUACCCAAAAUCAGGCCGCUUCGCCAAAUCCCACUGGACAAUCAGCUCCUACUGCUCAACCAACCAUCACCAUCCAGCAAGGCGCCUCAUCAUAUGCCGUGAAUGGAUCGCCUCUGAUUCUAGAAUUUCAGGAUCUCAUUCUCCGACCCCCUGUACUGCCAGAAGAUGACGUCGUCUUUACUGCAGCGGAUCUUUCGGACUGGGCGCAUAGUUUCUGGGCAAGCCUUAAGCAGAGAGAUAGCUGA